AUUACAAUUUGAAAAAUAUAAAUGUGAUAAUUUUGUGUAAAAAGAAACUUCAUUUACUAAAGGAAAAAGAUAAUUCUGGAUUACUCUACAAAAUAAUAAAUAAUUAAAUAGGAGAGAGGGCCUUGAUGAGCCGCCAAGAGGUAACAAGAAUAGACAAGUCAACAACCAACGGUGAAAAAGUCAAAAGAAAGGCUUAACAUACUCCAUUUGUGUUCAACAUUCAAAGAUCACCUCUGGACGAAAUCCCUUCAUCCAAUCUCAACCCAUUUUCCUGUAUCCGUUUUCUAGUCCCUUUCUUGCUCAACAACCAGGUAACACCUCUUUCAUUCAUCUCUCUCUCUCUUAGGUUUUCAUGGUUUCGGUUUCUGUGAAUCGAUUUUGAAUUGGGUAUUGCAAAACAUGGCUACCCUUCAUAGAAAAUUGUAUGUUGGUGCUGAGCCACCUGUUAACUUUACCCAAAUAUGUCAACCCUAUUGUGAAAGUAAAGAACCACAAAUUUGCGUUCCCGGGUGUUUUAUUAUAUGCCCAAAAGAGUGUAAGCUUCCAUUUAUACCUCCACCAAGUUAUCCAGUCUCCUCACACCAUUCACACAAAGCUUCAAUCUUUUUGUCUGUAACAAUAGCUCUUAUUGCAGCCAGUUUUCUAGUUGUUUGUGGCUAUGUCUUUUACACGAGGUAUUACUCUGGUCGGUCUAAUCGUAGAAGGAACGAGCCUGAGCAACAACAGGAGGAAACCCACCUUGAGUUUUUUGAUGAAGAUCAUGGACCUGUGGUUGACCAUCCCAUCUGGUACAUCAGGACUGUCGGUUUACUGCCCUCCAUUAUCGAUUCGAUCACGGUUUUGAAGUAUAAAAAAGAAGAAGGCCUUGUUGAAGGUACUGAUUGCUCGGUUUGCUUGAGUGAGUUUCAAGAAGAUGAGACUCUUAGACUUUUACCCAAGUGUAGUCAUGCUUUUCAUGUCCCUUGUAUUGAUACUUGGCUAAGAUCACACACGAGUUGCCCCUUGUGUCGAGCUCCAAUUGUAACAAGUUCGGCUGCCAGGACGCCUUCCCCAGAGCCGAGUGAUGUUAAUUCCAGUCCUGUGGAAGAAACCCGGAUCGCGAUUUCUGACAAUAAUGAAGAAUUCAGUGAUGAAAACGAGGAUCAAAUUGGUGAGAUGAGGAUGGGAACAGGGGAGGAAAGAAAGAGAGAUGAGAAUUCUGAUGAAGAAGCAGAUAGAGUACAGCCAAGUAGAAGGUCUGUUUCUUUGGAUUCUUUUUCGGCUUCGAAGAUUAAUCUCUCUCUAUUGAAAGUUCUUGUUGUGGAACCGGAUGAGAAUUCUGAUAAGCAAUUGGACGUGGUUAACAAUAGAUUGGAUUCAGUAGUUAGAGAAAAGAGAGUUGGUGGGAAUCAAAAGUUGCAGAGACUUAAAGGUAGUAGUUCUUCAAAUGGAAGAUCAUUUCAAAGUGGAGCAAUGUCAAUGAAGAGGUCAGUUUCAUGUAGUGGAAAGUUUGUAUUGUGCAGGCAAGUCUGAAGCAGUGAUUCAGUUCUUCCUUGAAGAAGCAUUUGGUGCUUUUUUCUUCAAUUUUGCCUGUAAUCACAAUUAAGAGAAUUCUCAAUAACCUGAGAGCUGAAAGUUUUCACGAUUUAGAUACCAAAAUCUGCAAUAAUGAUGUUGUGUUUGUUUAGUGAAAGGGUCAUUAGUAAACUCAGGCUAUCCCAAAAUGGGAUUCAGCCUUGUAAUAGAUGGUAGUGAUACUGAAUGUACCAUCUCGUUCUCUGAAGAAAGUCAAGCAAUUGUAAGUGAAGUUUUUUCUUCUGCUGAACUAAAAUUGAUUGGUAUAUUUCUGUUGUAUCUGACCGAAAUGGUUCAAAUGUAUUUCAACAAUAUGUAAGUGUAUAUAUAUAAAAGCUUUUCGUCAUAUUUAUCUUUCUAUCA